AUGUCUGUCCUCUCCCGAGCCAUCCAGCUUGCGUUCAUCGCAUUUGGCCUCUGCCUCUGCUUCUCCAACCUGGUCUCCGCCCAGCCCAUCUCUGCUCCCUCCCUCGGUGUCUCCGUGAAGACCACCAACGGUGUCUGCCGUGCCAGCAAGCCAUGCGAAAUUGAGGUCACCGUCCGCAACAACAACUCCAAGAAGCCCGUCACCGUUUUGGCCUGGAACAACCCUCUCGACAGCCUGGCUGAGCAGCUCGGUGUCUUCGAGGUCCGCGACAGCACCGGCAACGUUGUUCCUCUCGACUACAUCAUGGUCCGCCGCAUCACUCCCCCUCCACCAUCUGAACUCGUUGAGAUCAAGCCCAGCGGAUCCAUCAAGGUCAAGGUUGCUCUCCAGACUCUAUCCAACGCCGAACUCCCAGCUGGAAGCAAGUACUCCGUCACUGCUACCGGCUGGUGGCAGGCCAACUGGGACGAGAACAAGGAGAAGGUUAUCGCAACUCACUUGCAGGAGCUUUCUGGAGCUUACUCUGGUGCCUUCAACUCCAACACCGUCCAGGUCACCAAGGUAAACAGAACAUAUUCCUAG